AUGUCCGACAGCAGCUCUCUUAGUCCGGAGCCGCAUUCGUCUAAGCAGCCUGUGCGGAGAGCUAGCAAAGCCUGUCUUGCGUGCAGAGCGAGAAAGGUCAGAUGUGAUGUGACAGUCAGAUCACCAUGCGGCAACUGCCAAUGGAACGGACAGCAGUGUGUUACACAUGCUCGACGUGCCAGAAGACGGAGAAGAAAGCCCGUUCCUGCUGUGGCUGCACCUGAGUCAGGAGCUUCAAAGGAGCUUGAAUUCAAAGACGGCGCAUGCAACCUGCUGGAGGAGUUUGCCAUUGACUCCUUGGAUGCGCCCAUCUCCCUGGAGGAUUUGGAGCUUCUCAAAGCAGACAUCGAUUCAGACAAGUCUCCACAGGAUUCAUUGUCGGAUGAUGUUGAUACCUUUGAUCUGCCCAAGUAUGUCAGGCCCCUGACCAGCCUGCCUCCAGACGACAUGGAGUAUCUGCAUUCCGAGGGCGCCUUGGAUCUACCAGACAGCAUUCUACAAAACGCCCUUCUCCGUGCAUUCUUCGAAUACGUGCAUCCAUAUGUUCCUACACUGGAUCUGGAUGCUUUCCUGCACUCUGUAGAGACACAUGAUGGGUCAGCGGGACAGGUUAGCUUGCUGUUGCUGCAGGCUGUCCUUGCCGCUGGCACGGCACAUGUAGAGCUGGAGCACCUCAGAAAUGGCGGAUAUCCGACGCGCAAGCAGGCUCGCACAGCUUUCAUGAAGCGAGUUCGGCUCCUAUACAAGUAUAACUGCGAGCUGGAUCAGAUGGUCCUCACGCAAUCGCUGCUGCUCAUCACUUCAUGGCAAGAUGCCUCUGACGAGCACGGCAAGACAUGGUUUUGGAUCGAUGCCGCUGUUUCUCACGCCUUUGCAGCAGGACUGCACCUGGAGCCAUCCGUAAACAAGCCCAACCUGUCGAAACGAAAGCAAAGGCUGCGCCGUCGGGUCUGGUGGUGCUGCUUCAUCCGCGACCGGCUGCUCUCCCUAGGCAUGAAGCGGCUGCCACGUAUCAAAGACGGCGAUUUCCACGUCUCGAUGCUUGAAGAGGCCGACUUCCAGCCGGAGCAGAUCCGCAGCGACGACGACCACGCAAAGUUCGAGGCCAUGUGCGUCUACGUCAAGAGCCGCAAGAAGCGCGCCGAGCUGGCUCGCAUGUGCGUUGCGCAGGCGACUCUUUGCAGAUCCAUGAGCUUCCUGUCGAGCAGCAUGUACGUGGCCCCUCACGACAACUUUUCCAACUUCUCCGAGGCCCGCAAGAUGACGCCGGAUGGCGAGCAAAAAUUCACCACAUACAUCCGGGACCUGCUGGAAUGGAGAGACGGCUUGCCUGAGAGCGUCUCGUAUCGACCCAUCUCGAACAACGACAUUGGCAAGGAUGGCAAUACAAGCAUUUCGUUGGAUCGCGCAGUCUUACACAUGAUUUACUACACGGCAGUGUUGUGCCUUUACCGCUCGCGGUUCAUGGUGUUGCUAAACGAGCCAACUGCGUCCACGAUGGAGAAGGAGAUGUGCAAGAUUUACAUGCAGCACUCUGCCAAGCGAAUAGAAGAAAUCUCAAAGAACAUUUACGACCACGGCCUCGAUCGACUGCUCCCUAGCAUGGCGGCGAACAUUGCUGUCUCAACUGCCAGCGUCUAUCUCCUGGAGCUAAAGGGCCAUCUUCAGGGCUGCGCCACCGAGAACAGCUAUCGCCAGAGUAGGAAGCUCAUGCAGUCCAUGCAUGACAUUUACGCAGGCGCUGAUUUGUCGAGAGAGUCCCUUGAAUGGGAUAAAGAGGACAGCCCGGAAGAGACGCCCGAGGCAGCGGAAGACUAUCUCAUGGUGGACCAGGGCUGGCUCAAGGACUUGGAGGCCGCGACAUGCUGGUUGGUGGCUGAGCCUUACAGGGCGGAUAGCUUUCUACAAUAUCCCGGAGAGGGGUUGGACGUUGUCAAUGAGUUUUUUGUUUGUUAAAUGAAACAAUCAUAAGCAUGAGAGUACUGGCUCAAGAGUCACUGCUUAUACUGGCGUUUUUGGGAUACACGGAUCCAUAGCAUAUGGAUAUUACAACGGCCUUUAGUUUAGGAAAUACCAAUACAUGGGAGCUAUUCCUCAUGUUUUCUUGUUGC